AUGAUGAGUCUGGCCGACUUUGGACGUGUGUUUGGCAAGGGCCAGGAACUCAUCCUACUACCGAGACGAGAAUUCUUGCUGCCCUCGGUCUCUCGGGGGACGAGACACGACUUCGUCAAACCCACAUGUUCCUACCUUGCCUACCUGCAAGACACACAGAACCGCAAGAUGUGCAAAACCGAAGCCUUCAAAUCUCAUACCUGCCCUCAUCACUGGAUGAGCAUCGUCAAACCAUGUGGGCCGGAAGCAUCUUUCAAGAACCAGACGCACCAAUACAAACCUGCGAGAAGUGCGUGGAAAAGAAUGGUGCAACCAGAGUACAUUUCUGCGCCGGCCGACAGCUGUCCGAACUGCGAUCUGAAAGGAGACUACGACGCGGACAAGACGCGGAUCAUUCUAAAGAAACCAUGGGAGGCAGGCAAUCUGGGCAAUGGAUACAACAUGACUGAUGGACACGGGAGGGUGUUGCCCGUGUAUCACUACCGAGGACAUUUACCGUCGUCAACCUAUCCUUCGUCAGGGCCUACGAGGGUCUCAAUGGCUCCUCCGGAUGGACAGUGGCAGCAGGCUGGAUGUUGCGUCGUGAUGUGA